AUGAGCAUCAAUAAGGAUUUACUCAGCCUGGAUGGUCUUGAUACGCUACCGGUUAUCUCCAUCUCGGCCUCGCAGUCUCUCAACGCCUCUGCUGCUGUUCGAGAAUCUAUCAGUACUGGACUUCCGCGUCUGAACGAGGCGCUAAAUGAUUUUUCCACGGACGAGCCCCGGCGAUCAGGUGGAAUUGUUCGCGGCCAUGUUACCGAGGUGUUUGGUCCACCGGGGGCAGGAAAAACGUCCUUUGCACUGAGCGCUGCAUCUCAAGCUCUGCGCGACGGCGGAAAAGUCGUCUGGAUCGACACGGGUUCACCACUCGCCACAUCUCGCCUCGAGUCCAUUACCCCCCAUCUCAAUAACCUCAUCUACUUCCGCGCACCCACCCUCCCACACUUACUGGCCCUGCUCAUCCGACCACCCAAGGAGUUUCCCCCUCCCGAAACCACCCUCCUCAUCAUCGACUCCAUCUCCUCCCUCUUCCCAGCCUACUUCCUCAGCGCCUCCGAACUCAAAGACCGUCUUGCCCAGGGCAAAAUCCCCGACAAGCCCCAGCUGCAGUGGCUCCUGAACCGGAAAUGGAACGUCAUCGGUGAUAUCGCCACGCAUCUGACCAGACUCGCCGCGCGGAAUAUCGCCGUGCUGGCGCUCAAUCAGACCCAUACGAAGAUCAAGGGUCAGCCGCGCGCAACGCUGCAUCCUGUUGUGGCGGGCGGGGCGUGGGAAACGAAUGUGCAGACGCGGAUUGUGUUGUAUCGGGAUUUGCCCGAUCUGCGGUUUGCGGAAGUGACGAAGAGAGCGGGGAGGAUGAUGGCUGUGAGGUUGGCGGAGUUGAUUGUGCCCUUUCGAGUUUGUGAUGGGGGCCUUGAGGCGGUUGAUGAGCCUUCAAGUCCAGAUCGUACUGCACUGACUCCAACUCGCAAGCGCAAAGCCGAUAAUGAAGUGGCAGAUAGCCAAGAUGAAGACUCAGAAGAGGAGUUUGAGUGGCUGAACGAUACAUCACUAGACGAUGAAUGA